CCUCGUCCAGAUUUCACCGGACCGGUCUCAGCGCCGAGCGCCCUCGGUCCUUACCUGAUCCCAGUAGUCCAUAAUGUAAGUAGUUCGUAUCGCAGUGCAGACUGCCAACUCCGACGAUCGGGAAUGGCGCCACCGGUACCCAACCUGCCGAAGACUUCCUCUCCCUCUCAGCCCUCAGGGAAAAGCGAGGUCGCCGACCUGAAGCUCCAACUCCGGCAGCUUGCCGGCAGCAUCGCCCCGGGCUCGGACGACUCCCGGCGGGAGAUUUUCAAGAAGGUCAUCUCGUUCAUGACCGUCGGGAUCGACGUCUCCGCUGCGUUCAGUGAGAUGGUGAUGUGCUCCGCCACAUCGGACGUAGUCCUUAAGAAGAUGUGCUACCUCUAUGUCUGCAACUACGCCAGAUCCAACCCUGAUCUUGCCCUUCUCACCAUCAACUUUCUCCAGAAGGAUUGCCGGGACGAUGAUCCCAUGAUCCGUGGCCUUGCUCUGCGCAGCCUCUGCUCUCUUCGGGUUGCCAAUCUUGUCGAGUACCUUGUCUCCCCGCUGACGACAGGGCUUAAAGACAGCAGUCCCUACGUGCGGAUGGUCGCUGCCAUUGGAGUCCUCAAGCUCUACCAUAUUUCCCCUUCUACAUGCCUCGAUUCAGAUUUUCUAGCCAUGCUAAAGGCCCUCAUGCUCAAUGACCCGGAUGCACAGGUGGUUGCGAAUUGCCUGUCCUCUCUGCAGGAGAUAUGGAGUUUGGAAGCUGGUAAUUUAGAGGCAGUGUCCCGGGAGAGAGAGGCUUUACUAAGCAAGCAGGUUGUUUACUAUCUCCUGAACAGGAUCAAGGAGUUCAAUGAGUGGGCACAAUGCUUGAUACUUGAAUUAGCCUCUAAGUACAUACCAUCUGAUAGCAAUGAGAUAUUUGACAUAAUGAACCUUCUGGAGGAUAGACUUCAACAUGCUAAUAGUGCAGUUGUCUUGGCCACAAUCAAAGUGUUUUUGUAUCUAACGAUGUCCAUGACAGAUGUUCAUCAACAGGUUUAUGAACGCAUUAAAGCACCUCUACUCACGCUUGUGAGCUCUGGUAGCCCUGAACAAUCUUAUGCUGUGUUGAGCCACUUGCAUCUAUUAGUGAUGCGAGCUCCCAUUUUGUUCUCUUCAGACUACAAGCACUUCUACUGCCAGUACAGCGAACCAGUAUAUGUGCAAAAGCUUAAACUCGAGAUGUUGACUGCCAUAGCGAAUGAGAGCAAUACCUACGAAAUUGUGACCGAGCUUUGUGAAUAUGUUGCAAAUGUCGAUAUUUCUAUUUCAAGGGAGUCAAUCAGGGCAGUUGGAAAGAUAGCAUUGCAACAAUACGAUGUUAAUGCAAUUGUUGAUAGGCUUCUUCAGUUCUUGGAAAUGGAAAAGGAUUAUGUGACUGCUGAAACACUUGUUUUGGUGAAAGAUCUUUUGAGAAAAUAUCCUCAAUGGAGUCAUGAUUGUAUUGCAGUUGUUGGAAAUAUCAGUAGCAAAAAUGUCCAAGAACCAAAGGGCAAAGCUGCUUUGAUAUGGAUGCUGGGGGAAUAUUCCAAUGAUAUGCUUGAUGCUCCUUACAUUCUAGAAAGUCUUCUGGAGAACUGGAAUGAGGAACAAGCCCCCGAGGUUCGAUUACAUCUUUUAACUGCGGCAAUGAAAUGUUUCUUUAAAAGGCCUCCUGAGGCCCAAAAGGCCUUAGGUGUUGCAUUAGCAGCUGGUUUGGCUGAUUCCCACCAGGAUGUUCAUGAUAGAGCCUUAUUCUACUACAGACUUCUGCAACAUGAUGUAUCUGUGGCUGAACGUGUGGUAAAUCCACCCAAGCAAGCAGUUUCAGUUUUUACUGAUGCCCAGAGCAGUGAAAUUAAAGAUCACGUAUUUGAUGAAUUUAAUACCCUCUCAGUUUUAUAUCAGAAGCCUGCUUACAUGUUUACUGACAAGGAGCAUCGAGGACCAUUUGAGUUGGCUGAAGAACUUGGAAGUUUGUCCCUUGGUACUGGCUCUGUAGAACAUGUAAUACCUGCGCAGAGUUAUGAAGCCAGUGACAACGACUUACUCCUUGGCACUUCGGAAAAGGAAGAAAGUAGAGGCUUGGGCAAUAAUGAUUCUGCAUACAGUGCUCCUGGUUAUGAUACAUCUUUAAUAUCUUUGGAGGAUAAGCAAGUGCAACCUGAAUCCAACUUUUUAAGCCUUGCAGUGCCAACAAUGCCAUCACAUACUUCAUCAGUCCUUGACGAUCUUCUUGGUUUGGGUACUCCUAUUAUACCGCCACCUCCAACUUUGAAGCUUAAUCCGAAAGCAGUUUUAGAUCCUAGUAAUUUCCAAAGAAAGUGGGGUCAAUUAACAACUUCUCUGACAGAGGAAUUCUCAAUAAACCCACAAGGAGCGGUCGCCUUGAAAGUACCUCAGGCGCUUCAUAGGCACAUGCAGGGCCACUCCAUUCAAUGCAUCGCCUCCGGCGGCCAGCCGCCAAGUCUCAAGUUCUUUUUCUUCGCCCAAAAGGAAGGCGAAACUUCUCCAUUUUUCCUGGUUGAGUGUCUCAUUAAUACAUCAUCAGCAAAAGCACAGAUAAAUAUUAAGGCCGAGGAUCCUACCCUUUCUGAACCAUUUUCAACUUUGUUUCGGUCGGCAUUAUUAGCUUUGAGCCCAUCUUAAUUACUUGUUUUUCGCUAUAAUUUUUUACAAUUAUUCAAUGUAUUUCAGAUCCAUAUAUGCAUUUUCUAUUUCUCAUUUCGAAAAGUUUAUUGAUUAUGUUUCAUUUCUUGAACAUGAUAUUUGAUGGUGAGCAGUUAUUCUGUACUGUGUUAUUCAUUGAGAAUCAAUCUAGUCCAUUUUAGCACCA